UUCCCGUACACGCACGGGUACGAGCGGAAGCCGCGUUUGUUGUUCUUCCUUCCGAGACGUUCAGGGUCUAAACGGGUUCAACAACCGUGUCUGCAUGUCUCUACCAAUUCACUCUAUAAAUCGUCUUCUACUGCCCCCGAAUGAAGAUUAACAGGUAUGCCAAAGGAAAAAUAUGAUCCUCCAGAUCCCCGUAGAUGUUACACCAUCAUGUCAGCUGAGGAGGCGGCCAAUGGGAAGAAGUCUUACUGGGCUGAGCUCGAGAUAUCUGGACGGGUGAGGAGUCUGAGCAGCUCAUUAUGGACGCUCACCCAUUUGACGGCACUGCACAUCAAUGACAACAACCUAACACGCAUCCCACCUGACAUCGCCAAGCUGCCCAACCUGGUCUACCUGAACUUGUCAUCCAAUAAGCUCCGCAGCCUGCCCGCUGAACUGGGCAACAUGGUCUCACUCAGGGAAUUGCUUUUAAACAACAAUCUUUUACGAGUUCUGCCUUAUGAACUUGGGAGGCUUUUCCAGUUACAAACCCUGGGGCUAAAAGGAAACCCUUUGUCCCAAGACAUCCUCAAUCUGUACCAGGAGCCGGACGGAACCAGAAAGCUUUUGAACUACAUGCUUGACAAUCUUGCAGUGCAUCCAGAGCAGCUCCCCCAAAGACCUUGGAUCACUCUGAAAGAGCGAGACCAAAUGAUCCCCACAGCUGUGUUCACAGUCAUGUGCUACAACGUGCUCUGUGACAAAUACGCCACACGACAGCUGUAUGGCUACUGUCCAUCCUGGGCCCUCAACUGGGAGUACCGGAAGAAAGGCAUCAUGGAGGAAAUCACUAACUGUGACGCUGACAUCAUCAGCCUGCAGGAGGUGGAGACAGAGCAGUACUACACUUUGUUUCUGGAAACACUAAAGGAGCGCGGCUACGACGGCUACUUCUGUCCAAAGUCUCGUGCCAAACUGGUUUCUGAACAGGAGAGGAAACAUGUGGACGGCUGCGCUGUGUUCUUCAAGACAGAGAAGUUUACUUUAGUCCAGAAACACACAGUGGAGUUCAAUCAAGUGGCCAUGGCCAACUCUGAGGGCUCAGAGGUCAUGCUGAACAGAGUGAUGACCAAAGACAAUAUCGGGGUAGCCGUUCUGCUCGAGGUCAACAAGGACAUGUUCUCUGGGGGCAUGAAACCACCACAAGAGAGGCAGCUGAUCCUGGUGGCCAAUGCCCACAUGCACUGGGACCCUGAGUACUCGGAUGUCAAGUUGAUCCAGACCAUGAUGUUCCUGUCGGAGCUGAAGAGCAUUGCUGAGAGAGCCUCGGGCUCCGUGGCGACCGGUUCGCCGACCUCCGACCCAUCCUCCAUCCCCAUUGUCCUGUGUGCUGACCUCAACUCCCUGCCCGACUCAGGUGUGGUGGAAUACCUGAGCAAUGGAGGAGUAGCUGAGAACCACAAGGACUUCAAGGAGCUACGCUACAAUGAAUGUCUGACCAACUUCAACUGCAACGGCAAGAACGGCAACUCAGACGGAAGCAUCACACACAACUUCCAGCUGAAGAGCGCGUACGACAGCAAUCUGAUGCCUUACACCAACUACACAUAUGACUUCAAGGGCGUGAUCGACUACAUCUUCUUCUCCAAGACCCACAUGAGCGUCCUGGGCCUGAUGGGACCACUGGACAGCCAGUGGCUCGUCGACAACAACAUCACCGGCUGCCCCCACCCCCACAUCCCCUCGGACCACUUCUCCCUGCUGGCCCAGCUGGAGCUGCAGCCUCCCCCACCCCCCCCGCUCAACCCUCUCAAUGGGCUGCACCUGCCAGUCCACAGGUAGUGCAGCCCGAGAGAGUCCCACCCACCCUUCUUACCUUACCUUGAAACACUGUCCUCCCCCAUCCCCCCCCAGCUUUAUACAGGACCCUGUACAGUUUACUGAUCAUAUUAAAACUCAGACACCAUCCGAACCCUCCAAUCCUAAGACACAUCUACCCAAAAGGAGUGAAGUAUUCGCCCGUUUGUUGGCCCCUUUUGUGUUUUUGCACACUUUAAAUGUUUGAUUUUAUUUUACUUUUUCUUUCUCCCCUUGAAAAGGCUUGAUACCAAAUGUUGGGCUUGGGAUGAAGUUGCUAUGGUGACCCCCAAUGUCUUUUUUUUUUUGCCUUUGAUAUGAUCACAACUACUUGUAGAUUCUGCUCCUACAACAACAAACCUUAACUUAAACCCUCUCAACUUUUUAAAGAUCAGUCUGCCACACAAAUGUCAGCAGAGUAGCUGAAUUUCAAUUGAACUGUGUUUCUUUUCUCAUUUCACACAGCUGUGAAAUAAUCUUUUUUAGAGCAAAAACAUAACGUAAUAUUAAUGUUGCAACCACAACAUGCAAUGUAUGUUGUGUUAAAGUCACAGUCUAUAGAACUGGAACCUGCAAUCACUUUCAAAUUAACUGACAGUUGAUUUUAAUAAAAGGAGUAACACUACAAACAACUAAAUCAAAGUAAGGAAUGUUGUACGAGGAUGUGAAAGGCUUGUUUACAUCAGUAUUUUUUUGUUAACACAGGUCCAUAUUUUCAAUUCUGAUCAGCUGAGAAACACCAACACACUUAAUUUAGCUGCAUGUGAGUAAAUAUGUGUAAUUUUUAAGGUUAAAAAUUACUGAUUGGGUUGUUUUUAAAAGUAAUAUAAUGUGAUUGUAACACAAAAUUGGUGUGUAUCAUAUGGGGAACGGAAUAUGAAAUCAUCUUGUGUCACAGCGGCAGGUCUCGUGAAUUUUUGGUCACAUAACAGCACUGAUAAUAUUGAUGACGGAUUGUUUUAGGGGGCUUUCAGAUUGACACUUGCCUUGUGGGAAAUAAUAGACACUAUGUACUUGUCUAUCAAGUCUUUUUUCUGGAUCCCAUUUGGGAUUAUGUUUCCUGGUCCAGUUUUUAAAAAACCUGAAAAGGAAUUAAUUCUUCUUGCAAAUCUCAACCUGAAAGCCGGCCUCGCGGUGCUGUGGCAUGUUACUGAACUGCUGCAUUCACUUCUAUGAAUUUCUACUUCUAUAAUACGGGUCUUGUACCUCUCUUUGAUCAUUACUAAAUAUUUGACUUGCAGAGGUACUUGCAGGAGGUUCAGUCUUGGCCAUUUCAUGCUCACCAUAGUUCAAAAGAUGCAACUUGCAAGAUUUCUGCGGUACUAGAGAGUAAUAAACAAAAAUAAUGAAUGCAGGCCAAAUGAGUGCUCAAAUCCCAAAUUUAAGCACUACAAACAAAUUAGCCCCCUCCUCUUUCAGAAAAAAAAAAUAGGAUAUUAAAUAAAUUCGUAACACAAUCCUGACCAACAAUGCGCGUUAUACUCUAUUAGCUCUGUUUAGCUUCUGGAGUUGUGCUUUUGAACACCUACGGUCUUAAAAAAGAAGAAAAGAUCACCUGACAGGCCAAAGAAUCUCUACACAAUGAGUGACUUAUGCUCCAUCGAUAAAAUGAUAAUAUUUAUUUAUUGGUGCCAGAGAAAAAAAUAAACUUCCUGAGAAGAAUCUGCUAAUGAUUCGUGACCAGGAGCCGAAUGUAUUUACCAAAGGCUUACUAUGAAAUUGGUUGUUGGAGCCUCUUAAUGCCAGAUUCCUGUGGACUUCAAACUUUGUAUAUUUAUGUCAGAUGAUUAGAACUAAUAGCCCUUUAUGUAAGUUGUAACUCAGGGCUAUGCUAUGCAUCCAGCAGUACCUCUAAAACGAAAGACUCUGAGUCGCAUCGUACGAGCAAAACCAAACAGGAAGCUAUCGUUCUGAAAAUCCUUUAUAAGCACAGGUAAUGUAUGUACUUGCAUACAUAUGUGUUGUUGUUGUAGAAGUCCCACGUCUUUGUGCAUUUUUGAUGCAAACUGCUGCUGCUGCUCUUUUUUGCUCCAUUCCCAAAAAAUAUCUUGGGGAAAAUCAAAUGUCUCAUUUCUGAGUCAUCAGAUAAAAUUUGUUUUGAGACACUUUGAAGUUUUAAAACAUUGUCACUUGGUUUUGUUGUAAGUGUGGGAUCAACAUAAUAAAUGAAUGCAGGGGUUGGACUGGGUAUCAAUAUUUGCGCUAAUAUGAUACACUACCUGAGUUUUAUUACUAAUGCAAAAAACAAUAUAUUUUAUCAAAAUUUUGAAAAAUUCUAAUAAGAAAUUGAGAAAAUAAACAGAUUUCCUACAAAGGCCCGUUUGUUCUGUACAAAGCCGGACUUCUUAAAUGUUUAAUGCCAUCUAAAGGAGUGGCUCCAAAUGUUGAGGUUGGGUCAUGAGACAAAAAAACUGGGUAGCAAACAAGAAAAACAUAAACUAUGUUUAUUUUGAGACUUUAUGUAACCUGCAAAAUGUGGCCACACUGGGACAUGACCUGUAUGAAGGGGUCACAAGCAGAGAUAGUCGGGAACCACUGGUGUAAAUCAGUCAUACAACUACUUUGCUGGAAGUAGAAUGCAGUCUUAAAUUAGAAACAUCUUGAUUUCAAUCAGGAACAGUCUGAUGUUAUUACAGGUUUAGUUAAAAAUAUCCAAAUAGAAUCUGAUCAAACAUUUGACACCAGCUUUCGGUCCUUGAAGUUUUUCGAUACUCAGUGCAGCAGACUUUUUGAUUGGCACAGAGAAAUGGUGAGCUUUGAUACCCAGCCCUAUCUAUGCAGGGGGACUCACUGAGUUUAACAUAUCUGAAUAUUAAACCCUGACAGUCUUUAUAUUCAAUUAGUUAAAUUAGUCAUAGAAGUCGCUCUGUUAAGUUUGAAAAGAAAAGCCAUAAUUUUGGGUUAAAUGGUGUCUGCACCACAUGAUACCCUGUAACCUCAGCUUUAAACCACCGGCCUGGACAGGCACUAUCUGCUUUUGCUUUAUUUGCACAUGAUUUGUUGCUAAUGCUAACAGAUACACCUCCAGUUUUGGUGGAGUUGAUGAAGUCUAUCUUAGUGAGCAUUUUGAGGCCUAUACUUCACUCCUAAACUCACCUCACUGGGUUUUCUGAUUUUGUACAACAGCUGUGCGUAAAUUAAAUUGCCUUUGAUGACAGGGCGUCUUUCACAUCUGUGAGGGGAAUGUACCAUUUCCUGAUAAAGGGGCGUAUUUUUUCUCAUAAAUCAAAGAUGUACUUGUACUUUUUUUCUUUGCCCAGUGCACUAAGAUCUCAUAUGUGAAUUCAAUCUCCACCUGUCUCUGAUACUCUUGUUGAGGCAAAACGUCUCUGUCCAACUUUGUUUUUGAACUACGGGCAUUUUCUGUCUCUAACAUGCAGUCUUUCAAUUGGUACUUUGUACAAUUCAGUAUUACAAAGUUUUUGAGAAAAAAGAUAAAUGUUCUAGGUUUAAAAGCAGUUUGUGUUGAUGGCUUUUAUUUCUCCAGUGCACAUUUAAGUGUCCGCUCAAAGCUUUUCACGCUCUGUAAGGAUGCUUAAGCAAAAUUAUUUUUGGUUUCUUCCUCUUUGUUUUUGAUGUUUUCCCAAAAAAAUGGUUUUGCAGAUCCCUUUCACGUUUCCCUUCACACACAUCAUCCAACAUCCACAGCCAUUUCUUUUACUUUCUCCACGAUAAUACACAACUAUCACUAACUAUAAGCAUUUGUUAAUUUUGUCUCUGUAGAGCGCACUUCACAUACUUUUUCUACAAACAACGUGCCUAGUUUGUACAAUUUCUCCAACAGCAGCACUGCCCAUGAGACCAAGACGCUCAGAGAUUAACCCAGCGCCAUCAUCCAGCCAUCCGUCCAUCAAUCCAUCAGUGCUUUCAUCCCUUCAGUCCUUCCUGAACCAACAUUUAGGGAUGAGAUCAUGAGGACUUGAAACUGAGGAAUCAUUGCUCACCUCAGACUGGUUUCUGGUUUUUUUCUUUUUUAUCCAUAACAUCAAGUCAUUUCUACCAGAUAUCUGGGAUGCACACUCACUUGUUUGUAGUUUUUCUGGUGAGUUUUAUGUUUAAUUGUUUUUUUUUUUUUUUUGUUUUUUUGCAGUUUUUCUCUGCAAAGUGGUUGCUGUAUCUUACACAGGAUUAUCACGACCAUCAUCGCAUGCGAUUUCUGAAUGUAAAAAUUCUGUUGUUGAAUUUCUGUCCCUGGUUUGUUGAAGGAGGGGAAACGUUCUUCCACUGUUAAGUUCAUGAUUUGAUUCUGAUUUUACACCAGUGUGGUUGCUACAUGAAGUUGUUAAGAUGCCCAGCAGUGCUUACUAGGGAAAAAUGGGGAUUAUCUGACAAAUGGUUUGCUGUCUUUUAUCUGCUAGGACUGGUCACUGCAUCUAAACCAGGAAACGUGAAUUUAAAGGAUGCUGCAUGAAUGUUUUCUUCCCAGUGUAUUAACCUGUAAACAGUGAUGUGGAAAAUGAAUUUUAAAAUACAACAAAUGCCAAAUAAGUCUGAUAAGAACCAGAUUAGGCACAAUUUGAAUUUAGUUGAUAGAACUAGUAUAUCAUGAAUAUUUUCAGUACAUUUUGACAUAGUCUUUUUGUUUAUUCACAAUACUGACCACAGGUUCAUGCACUGGUUCAUUUGCUGGAAUGAGGCCAUGAUACAAUUAAUUGAUACCAUAAGGUUUGGACUAGAAAGAGAAAAGGCAACAACUUCAUUGUCAAAACGGUCGAUCAGUUUGGCAAUCGCAAAACAAUUUUCAGUUUGAGUUUCUCUGUCAUUUAAAGUUUUAAUUUGAAGAGUGACAAGAAUAAGAAAGGCCAGCUGUUACUUCUGGGAGCAUUCCUAGAAAAAGUAUUUUAAAGUUGCUGCCUUAUAGCAACUUAAAGCAAAUUUGUUUCAUUCAUGUGUAAUAAGUAAAGUGAAACUGGGUGAGGAUCCUCAGCCACCAGCAGUCACCAACAAAGGUGCUACCUUAUUUCUCAAGAAGAUUUUAAAGGACUGCACUUACACUUGUUUUAUGUAACAACGGUGUUAAGUUUCUGUUAUUAGACUCCAGACAAGCAGCUCUUCACCACAUUGGUUUUCAAUCUAACCAAAUGUCACCACAGGCAGGAGGAAGCGAACGAGCAAGCGUUUGGUUGGAAUGAAAACUGUGGUUGAGAGCUGCUAUACUUUAGUAGUGUGAAAGCCAAAGUAUGCGUCGUGUCUGACAAACAAAUGUCAAAAGGGUGCAAAACUGAAGCGACACAAGUUGCCGUUCGCCUGCGAGGAUGAGUGGAAGUUUUUCUAACGUAGGUGGCGGUGCUGACUUUGUUGUUUUCCUCUGAAAAAAGAAAAAAAUACAGAUCUAUCCUUUGCAGAUAUCCUGUUGACUUGUUCUCUGAAGUUUUCAGGGCCCGAACAUGUAUAAAUAAAUAGCCAAAUGAAAAGAUUUAAAUAUUUAAAACAAGUAAAAGGCACCAAGUUACCUCCUUAAAAGCCUACGUUAGAAACUAAUGGCGUGGGAUUUGGAACAAGCAGGCAUUCAGAAAGCAGGGGGUGUAAUGAAAGAUGUUAUUGUACUAUGGGCUGCUUGACUAGGAAAAGAAAAAAAUAAAAUCAAGAUGAUGAGAUGAUGACACCUGAAGCAGCGGAGGGUUUCAUCCACACACAAAAAAAAAGUGAUUUUGUCGAAACCAACUGAUGCCUUGGGUCGGCUCUGGCACAAACCAGAGCUCUUGUGUGUAUGGAGAGAAUUUCUUGUGUAGAAGCAAUGAUAUUUAUAUUGAAGGGGGGGACUUCUACAAAGGCUACAGCUGUAUUUAUUAUGUGAGCAGUUACACCUCAGUUGAAACCAAACAUGCUCAACAGCACUUGUAUCAUCUCUUCACACAAAGCACCAACUCUCCCCCACCUCCUGUAGGCAAUAAAUGUCUUUUUUGAAGA